AUGGAGGUGGAAAGGAAGGCCAAGAUAGAGGCAUCCACGCAGACCCCGCAGUCAGGAAAGGACAGAAGAAGCGAUGCCAGACCAGAGAUACCCUUGCAGCCAAUGGUGAGAACACACGGCGCCCGCUUCGCCUCCCGAGGAGCCGGGCUGACGCUGGCUGCGGCAGAGGCGCCGCGCGGGGGCGCCGUCCGCCGGCCCCUACCUCCGCCGCCAAGGGAAGCGCCGCGGGCGACGCGCCCACGGCUCAGCCCGUGCUCGGAGGCCGCCGCGCAACCGCCCCCAGCCCUUCCGUCUCACGGUGCGGCGCCGGCCCCUUACUCCCUGCGCGGGCCCGGCGCGACGGGGCGCGCAGCUCCGCCACCCCGUCAGGCGCUGGGCCGCGCCCCGCCCCGUCACCUGACUGCCGGGGCUGCGCCCGUCGCUGGGUUACGCCGCUCCUUGGAGCUCUCUCCUGCGCUCCCCUCCCCUCCCCUCCAGUAG